GCAGAGGAGAUGGGAGCCGGCCAGCAGACUCCUUAAAUCAAAAGAAUUGAACGUCGAAUUUGUCACAGUCGGGAAUAAUUGACGGAAAUCUACAACUAACCGCUAAGGCUACGAGCUGUUUCAAAACUGGGGGCCAGUUUUUGUAUCGUUAUACGUUUUUUACUUUCACUUUCUGUUGGGCGUAAAGGAAAAUUGUUAACUGUUAAUCGCUAACGUCCGAAUAAGAAUGAUACACUAAACAACGUUUUAACAACUUCAGAAUAUGUUCAAGGGGCUGGAGAGCUGAUGUUUCUAAAGAUCCUUCAAAACACUGGUUAAACAGAAGCUUGAAUUUAGCAGAGCAAAGGCGACCUGAACUCAACGAGAAGCCAUGGGAAGUGCUCUUUCGUGGAACAAAUGGCCGGCCACACAGCCAGGAACCAUAGGAGAGAUAAGCAAGCGAGUUCUUUCCUCCUCAGAGGAAAUGCAGCCUUCACUGAUAAAGAAAGUGGAAACGAUGGCGUCUGUCAUAGAGCUGCUUCUGGAAACACUGGCUGAUCUCAGUGACAAGGAGCUUUGGAUUUUCCAAGUUGAAUUUCACAUCCGCCAUCGGGACUCAGUAAUGUUGCCACGGGAGAUAUCAGACCGACAAGACGUUGUGUUUUUAAUGGUCCAGACCUACGGCCAAAAGGCUGUGGAGAAAACCAAGGAGAUAUUGAAGGAGAUGAGCAGGACUGAUCUGGUGCAGAGGUUGUCAGACAGCAACUCAGGACCCCAAAAAAAACUCCCUGUGGAUGAACAUCUGUCUGCACUGAUCCACAAAGUGGCGACCCUGAGGGCUGUGAAAGAUCUGCUUUUGGAAACACUCAAUGAUUUGAGCCACGAGGAGCAAGAAAGCUUCAAGUGGUUUCUACAGUUCAGUCUCUUCCAGAGGAGCCGUCCAUAUAUCUCAUGGAGACAACUACAGAGGGUAGACAGUGGAAGCAAUAUGGUAGAUGUGGUGGUGGACGUGUGUGGUCAACAGUCUGUGGAGGUGAUGAAGGAGGUUCUCAUGGACAUGAAGAGGACUGAUCUGGUGCAGAGGCUGUCAGAGGCCAGCCCAAGACCCAAAGUUGUCAUUAGAUAUGUUGAAGCUGCAGGAUCAUCAGCUGAAGCAUCUGGUGUGAACACCGAGGAGGGAGAGAAACAAUCUUUGGAUGAACGUUGGCCUGCACUGAAGCAGAAAGUGGAAACGAUGGCGUCUGUCACAGAGCUGCUUCUGGAAACACUGGCUGAUCUCAGUGACAAGGAGCUUCAGAUUUUCAAAGAUGUCCUCCGUCAAUUUCACAUUCGCCAUUGGGACUCAGUCAUCUCAGACAUGCUGUCACUCAAGACAGCAGACAAACAGAACGUCGUGUUUUUAAUGGUCCAGACCUACGGCCAAAAGGCUGUGGAGAAAACCAAGGAGGUUUUGAAGAAGAUGAGCAGGACUGAUCUGGUGCAGAGAUUGUCAGACAGCAACUCAGGAUCCAAAAAAAAACUCCCUGUGGAUGAACAUCUGUCUGCACUGAUCCACAAAGUGGCGACUGUGGCAGCUGUUAAAGAUCUGCUUUUGGAAACACUCAGUGAUUUGAGCCACGAGGAGCAAGCAAGCUUCAAGUCGUUUAUACAGUUCAGUCUCUUCCAGAGGAGCCGUCCAUAUAUCUCAUGGAGAGAACUACAGAGGGUAGACAGUGGAAGCGAUAUGGUAGAUGUGAUGGUGGACGUGUGUGGUCAACAGUCUGUGGAGGUGAUGAAGGAGGUUCUCAUGGACAUGAAGAGGACUGAUCUGGUGCAGAGGCUGUCAGAGGUCAGCCCAGGAUCCAAAGUUGUCAUUAGAUAUGUUGAAGCUGCAGGAUCAUCAGCUGAAGCAUCUGGUGUGAACACCGAGGAGGGAGAGAAACAAUCUUUGGAUGAACGUUGGCCUGCACUGAAGCAGAAAGUGGAAACGAUGGCGUCUGUCACAGAGCUGCUUCUGGAAACACUGGCUGAUCUCAGUGACAAGGAGCUUCAGAUUUUCAAAGAUGUCCUCCGUCGAUUUCACAUCCACGGUCAUAAGUCACGCAGCCCUGAAAUGCUGUCACUCGAGACAGCAGACAAACAGAAGGUCGUGUUUUUAAUGGUCCAGACCUACGGCCAAAAGUCUGUGGAGAAAACCAAGGAGGUUUUGAAGAAGAUGAGUAGGACUGAUCUGGUGCAGAGAUUGUCAGACAGCAACUCAGGACCCAAAAAAAAACUCCCUGUGGAUGAACAUCUGUCUGCACUGAUCCACAAAGUGGCAACUGUGGCAGCUGUUAAAGAUCUGCUUUUGGAAACACUCAGUGAUUUGAGCCACGAGGAGCAAGCAAGCUUCAAGUCGUUUAUACAGUUGAGGUUCAACCAGAGGAGCCAUCCACAGAUCUCAUGGAGAGAACUACAGGGGGUAGACAGUGGAAGCGAUAUGGUGGAUGUGGUGGUGGACAUGUGUGGUCAACAGUCUGUGGAGGUGAUGAAGGAGGUUCUCAUGGACAUGAAGAGGACUGAUCUGGUGCAGAGGCUGUCAGAGGUCAGCCCAGGACCCAAAGUUGUCAUUAAAUGUGUUGCAGCUGCAGGAUCAUCAGCUGAAGCAUCUGGUGUGAACACCGAGGAGGGAGAGAAACAAUCUUUGGAUGAACGUUGGCCUGCACUGAAGCAGAAAGUGGAAACGAUGGCGUCUGUCACAGAGCUGCUUCUGGAAACACUGGCUGAUCUCAGUGACAGGGAGCUUCAGAUUUUCAAAGAUGUCCUCUGUCAAUUUCACAUCCGCCAUUGGGACUCAGUCAUCCCAGUAAUGUUGCCAUGGGAGACAUCAGACCGACAAGAUAUUGUGUUUUUAAUGGUUCAGACCUACGGCCAAAAGGCUGUGGAGAAAACCAAGGAGAUUUUAAACGAGAUGAAGAGGACUGAUCUGGUGCAGAGGCUGUCAGACAGCAACUCAGGACCCAAAAAAAAACUCCCUGUGGAUGAACAUCUGUCUGCACUGAUCCACAAAGUGGCAACUGUGGCAGCUGUUAAAGAUCUGCUUUUGGAAACACUCAGUGAUUUGAGCCACGAGGAGCAAGCAAGCUUCAAGUCGUUUAUACAGUUGAGGUUCAACCAGAGGAGCCAUCCACAGAUCUCAUGGAGAGAACUACAGGGGGUAGACAGUGGAAGCGAUAUGGUGGAUGUGGUGGUGGACAUGUGUGGUCAACAGUCUGUGGAGGUGAUGAAGGAGGUUCUCAUGGACAUGAAGAGGACUGAUCUGGUGCAGAGGCUGUCAGAGGUCAGCCCAGGAUCCAAAGUUGUCAUUAAAUGUGUUGCAGCUGCAGGAUCAUCAGCUGAAGCAUCUGGUGUGAACACCGAGGAGGGAGAGAAACAAUCUUUGGAUGAACGUUGGCCUGCACUGAAGCAGAAAGUGGAAACGAUGGCGUCUGUCACAGAGCUGCUUCUGGAAACACUGGCUGAUCUCAGUGACAGGGAGCUUCAGAUUUUCAAAGAUGUCCUCUGUCAAUUUCACAUCCGCCAUUGGGACUCAGUCAUCCCAGUAAUGUUGCCAUGGGAGACAUCAGACCGACAAGAUAUUGUGUUUUUAAUGGUUCAGACCUACGGCCAAAAGGCUGUGGAGAAAACCAAGGAGAUUUUAAACGAGAUGAAGAGGACUGAUCUGGUGCAGAGGCUGUCAGACAGCAACUCAGGACCCAAAAAAAAACUCCCUGUGGAUGAACAUCUGUCUGCACUGAUCCACAAAGUGGCAACCCUGAGGGCUGUUAAAGAUCUGCUUUUGGAAACACUCACUGAUUUGAGCCACGAGGAGCAAGAAAGCUUCAAGUGGUUUCUACAGUUCAGUCUCUUCCAGAGGAGCCGUCCACAGAUCUCAUGGAGACAACUACAGAGGGUAGACAGUGGAAGCGAUAUGGUAGAUGUGAUGGUGGACAUGUGUGGUCAACAGUCUGUGGAGGUGAUGAAGGAGGUUCUCAUGGACAUGAAGAGGACUGAUCUGGUGCAGAGGCUGUCAGAGGUCAGCCCAGGAUCCAAAGCUGCAGGAUCAUCAGCUGAAGCAUCUGGUGUGAACACCGAGGAGGGAGAGAAACAAUCUUUGGAUGAACGUUGGCCUGCACUGAAGCAGAAAGUGGAAACGAUGGCGUCUGUCACAGAGCUGCUUCUGGAAACACUGAAAGAUGCUGCAACACAUGAGUUCUGGGAUGCCCUCCUAUUUCAAACUGAUUUAUACAGAUACUUCCCAAACCUCCCCUCUUUUCUGCUGAAGGUAAGAGAUGUGCAGGACAUGAUGUUUAUAAUGGUGCUGAUGUACGGCCAAAAGUCCGUGGAGAUGAUAAAUCAGGUCUUAAAGAAGUUGAACAAGACUGACCUGGUGCAGAAGUUGUCAGACAGCAGCUCAGGACUCCAAAGAAAAAAGGAAAGCUCUGCAGGUGAACACCACUCUGCACUGAUCCAGAGAGUAGCAACAAUAGCAGCUGUUAAAGAGGUGCUUUUGGAAACCCUGAAUAAUUUGAGCAUCGAGGAGCUCAAGAAAUUCAAGGACCUCUUGCGGUCGAUUGUCUCUCACAAGGACCUUCCAGAUAUGCCGCCGAGUUACAUGACAGACAGAGCGAAAGUAGCGUUUCUGAUGGUCCAAACCUACGGCCAGCAGUCUGUGUGGUUAACAAGGGAGGUUCUCAUGGAAAUGAAAUUGCCUGCUCUGGUUCAGAGGUUGGCCAUGCCCAGCUCAGGAUUCCAAGAGAAAACCUCUGUGGGUGAACAUCGAGCUGCACCGUCUGAGAGCGCAAAAGCUGUUAAAAAUGCCACUGUUAAAAAGAUUCUUUUAAAAACACUCAGUGAUUUGAGUCACAAGGGGCUUGAAAAAUUCAAGUGGUUGCUGCAGUUCGCGUACUUCCAGAGGAGCCUCCCACAAAUCCCACUGAGCCUACUGUACAGUACAGACAGGGCAGACCUUCUAGUGGAUCUGAUGGUGGAGAACCAGCAGGCUGUGGAGGUGACCAAGGAGGUUCUCAUGGACAUGAACAGGACUGAUCUGGUGCAGAGGCUGUCAGAAUCCAGCCCAAGACCCAAAGGGCCUUCAGGAAGCUUGGAGCCUGAGGCUUGUGGAAGUGUUAAGGACUCGAGCGACUGGACUAAACUUGAACCUGAAGUCAGCAGCACAGGUGCAGAUGAGGCUCCAACUUACAGCCUGCAGUCUGAAGCAGGACGCUUUGAAUGCAGCGUCUCUGGCUUGCGUUGGGUCUGUGAGGCAAAGAUAAGCUUUAAGUAUCAGUUCUGCUCUUGGGAGGAACCCAUGGAGAGGAUGGAAAGCCUCGGAUACAUGCCUGCAGGUCCCCUAAUGGACAUCACAGUCACUACUGGGAAGUUAGAUGAAGUGUACCUGCCACACUGGAUCUUCACAGAAGACAACCCUAAGAUAUCCGACAAGUUUGCAGUCCUGCACAUAGACGACUGUGGGGAUGUUGUGGAAAAAGUGUCUGAGGUCACAGCUUCCCACGUCAAGUUAUCCGAACCAGUUUUUUCUCCCAGAGCGGUCCUGAUUAAAGCUGGUUUUCCUGUGAAAAUAAUCAGUAACGUGUUAAUAUAUCAGACCAACACAGCAUUCCUCACGCUCCACAUUUACCUGAUCCCAUGUGAUCCUGGUCUACAGCAGGCAAUGGACCGGAAACAGUUAACCUGCGGAUACAAAGUGAUCCAGAAGCCACAUCCAGAAAAGUCCCUGAAGAUGGGUGAUCGUUUCACUCUGACAGCAGAUGAGGAUGGUGCAGAAAUUUGUCCUGAAAAAUUGAAGCUCAGAUAUCACAACAGCCCAAAUUUCUUUGAAGUGUUUGUUGAAAAUCCAAACAGAAACUUCGGCCUCAGGCUCACUAAAGAAAGAGAAGUUCAGCCAGUAUGGAUGUGCACAAUUCGAAAAGAUGACUACAAAAGGACAAAAGAUAUGACAGGGGAGCAGUUUGUGGAUGAACACCGGUGUGAGCUGAUCAAGAGAGUGAGCAACAUAGGACCAAUCUUGGAUAAGCUCCUGAGGGAACGUGUAAUAAAUCAAGAAAGUUAUGAUAUAAACUGGGCUGUGCCAACCACACAGGAGAAGAUGAGGACGCUCUACAGUGGUCCCCUGAAUGCUGGUGGACGUGAGGCGAAAGACAUCUUCUACAAAAUCCUUGAGGAAGAGGAGCCGUAUCUUGUUGCUGAGCUCAAGUCAUAAACACUGUGACCACAGUUAAACCAACAUAGAACAUAAACUCUUUGCUAUCUGAACCCAGUAUUUUGACAUGGGGGGGGGCUCAUAACAACAAUUAUAACAUAACCAACAGUCUCUCACUUUCAAUAAGCAAAUAUUAGCAUGAUAAGGGGUAUAUGAGCUGAUAAAUGAACAUUAUAUUUGAGAAAACUGUGGAUAGAUUAUUGCAUUGUUUUUAUGAGGAUGAUUGCCUUGUGUCAGUGGCAACAGAGGAGGAAGCAGUGUCACUUUACCAUGAGCUGGUCUCUCUGUGCUCUAAAGGUGGAUUGGAUUUUCUGUUACAAAGUGGAUGAGAAACAGGCCUGGAGUGCUAGAAACCAUCCCUGAAAAUCACAGAGCAAGAGGCAUGGAAGGGUUAAAUAUGGAGCUGGAUUCAUGUGUGAAAGGUGUGAAAUGGUGCAUAAAAUCAGACUCUUUUAAGUUCAGGAUUGUACAGAAGGACAGACCACCCACCAGAAGAGGAAUCCUCUCAAAUGUCAGCUCCAUCUGUGAUCCCCUCAGAGUGCUGAACCUGUGGCCUUAACAGCAAAGGAAAUUUUGAGGGACUUAUGCAGGAGAGGGGCUGGCUGGGAUGACACUGUUCCUGAGUCAGUAUGUAAGGAGUGGCUGAAAUGGCUGCUGCUGUUGAAAAGCAAGCACUCAGACAUACGCAAUGCUUUCAUUAUGGGAAAAGCCAUUGAAGUCUGUUACCUUCCCCAGAAUGGUGCUCAUUGCUGAAACCACGGCCAGCCGCAUGGAUGUUCUGUGGAGGUAAGAGCUGCAGAUGGAUCUUUUGGAUUCUGUGUUUUGGACAGACAGUUCAUUUGUACUGAAAUACAUCAGGAAUGAGACUUCACAUUUCAAAGUUUCUGUUACUAAUCAGGCCUUUCAAAUCCUAAAAGCUUCCUGUCCUACUCAAUGGAGAUACGUGGACUUCCAGCGAUCCAGCUGAUGUAGCCUCUACAGAUGUGAAGGUGGAUGUAUUUAUUCAGAACACUGCAUGGGUGUCAGGACCUCACUUUAUUUUACAUCAUGAGAGUGAGUGGCCUGUUGACAUGGAAGACAUCAACUAUCUUUCACCUGGAGACCCUGAGGUCAAAAGGGUUGCUGCAGUGAAUGUUAUGCAAGGAAGAUCCUGUCACUCACCUGAUCCAGUAUUUUUCCUUUUGGACUCGCCUGAAGAAAUCAGUGGCAUGGCUCUUGAGGAUUAAAGACUGGCUCGUGUCCUGUGUGGAGAAGAAGCAGAGAUCCUCAGUGGCAGAGGAGAUGAAUCAUUUUAAAGGGACAGCUGUGCAUAGUCCAAGUCUUACAGUGAAGGACUGGGCUGAUCUUGCUAUCAUUAAUUUCUGUCAAGGACAGAGAUUUCCUGAAGAGCUAGCCAGUCUGGAGAAAAGCUAGCACAUUAAGAGAUCCAGUCACCUCCGUAAGCCCUGCCCACAGUUACAAGAUGGAAUCCUGAGAGUUGGUGGUUGGCUCAGUAGAUUCCACUGCCUGUGGAAGUUAAACAUCCUGUAGUACUGGCAAAGGAUCUUCACAUCUCAGAGCUCUUGCUAAGACAUGUACAUCAGGAAGUGGAACAUGGUGGACAUCUGGAAGCAUUGACACCAAAUCACUUACUACUGUUAAAGGCCUCGCCUUCAUUACCUCCUGGAGUGUUCCAACCAACGGACAUGUAUGCACAUAGGAGGUGGAAACAGGUUCAAUACAUGUCUGACUUACUCAGGAAGAGAUGGGUAAAAGAGUACUUACCUCAGUUACAGGAGCAUCAGAGAUGGACAGGAGUGAAGAGAUCUUGUGGUUAUAAUGGACAGAAUGGUGCCUUGGAACUCUUGGCCAAUGGGGCGAGUGAUACGAAACUUUCCGGACCAAAGAGGAUUUGUUUGCCAGGUGCGGAUUAAAACACGAACCAGCCUGCCUGGACCGGCUGAUUACGAAGGUCUGUCUGCUGCAGGAGGCUGAGGUCGGUUGAGGACAGACUUCAGUUGUGAGUUUUGGGCUGCUGGACUAUCUUACUGUUUUUGCUUAUAAAAGGGCACUCACUCACCUGCACGGAGGAAGGAGGAGAGAGGGAAGCUGCGCAGCCACAGUUUUUAAUCGACUGCACAUAUUGCACGCACAUUUGCAUGUUUCAUCCGCAAUUUCAUCUUGCCAGUUUACAUAUUCGUUUACGUAUUUGUAAGCCCAAAUCCGCUAUAUAAAGAAUCAUCAAGAGGAACACGGACUCAGCGUGUUUUCUCCAAUAAAUCACAGCGCGCCACACAGACAGGCAGGGCCCAUCCUAAACUCCACAGAUAUAAUGCUUUGUAGCCUAUGGUUAUUAGCUAUUGCAUAUACAGUUGAAAAUUUCAUACCUUAGCAUGGUUACCAUUAUUCCGUUUCUAGAAUGCCAUGGCUUUGAUGUGAGGAUAUGUAAGACAGCGGAAGGUCAUCUACUUCAGUUCAAGGUACCAAAUACAACAGAUACACAGAUAAUCUCAAAAGAUCAACUGAUCUCCCGCUUUUGUGGACAGACUUUUAAAACCUGAUAACAACACCUGGAUAAAGUAUAGAGAAUACUAUCUUCUCCAUUCAGCUCCAGUUAUUCACCAACAUGCCCUUCUUUAUGUUGGGUGUUACGCCCCCAUUGAGGCAGAGCCAAGGGGUUACCAGAGGCUGUAACACAACAACCAAAUGGAGCCAAGGUGGUGGAGAAAAUAAAAACUUUUUAUUUUUACAGCAAACUAAACUUAACACACAUUUAAACCAAAAGGAAUGUGGGGGGAGAGAUGGGAACUGUGUGGUUGUGCCAAAAUAAUCAAAAACAGUGCAAUAAAACAAGGCCUGACUUCUGACUACUGAUUGCGAGAAAAGAACAAACAAAAGGCCUACCUCUCUUAUCUAAAAAGAAACUUAAAUGAAUUAAACAUAGUGGGUGGCACCAACCAAUAAACCUCGCGUAUGUAGACAAAUAACUUCUAUGUGCAGCAAAAAAGUGUAGGGUACCCCAAACUUACCAAGUUACCACAAUCUCCCACCACAUGCCUUUACCUUAAUUUGCCAAGUAAACACAAGCCUCACAGGCCAACAGACAAAAAAAAUUUAAAAAAUCCUGAGAGAGAGCAUGCAGGUGUGCUGGCUUUUAUAUACAGAGGACCCUGAAUGAUGAUUGGCCAGCUUUAAGCUUCAAUGAACCAAUCAGCAGCACAGCCUGGCUACACAGGUGGAUCCACUCUAGGAGCUUGCACCUCCUGUUCUGUCAACAGGAGGUGCAAGCUCCUAGAGUGGAUCACACACACACACACACCUGCCUGUACGUAACAACAAAUAUGAUUUUAAGAUAAUAAAAUGAAAUUCAAGACAAAAUUAAGAUGCAAUUUAACAAAACAGAAUAAAAAGAUUUUUCUAAAAAAAUGUAAAGGCAUAAUAAUCAAAGAUCUCAGAGUCUCACAGGAGUGAACCUCCUUGUGUGUCUUUUAGCUCUUCUCCUUGACACCUCAAUCCAAACGUCACUUGACUAGCAGAUCAGAUGUUCUGUGGACUCUUGUGAAGUUUUUCGGACUAAUUUCUUCCAUUUUCACACGAAACACGAAUACUUGAACUCCAACAUCCUCAGAGCAAAGGAUGAUUCCCUUUAGCCCCCUUUACACCUUUGAACCUUAAAGGGAAACUUGGCAGCUUCUCAGUCAGCUUUGCAUCAUCACAAUCUGAGUAGUACAUGCAAAUAAUCGAUGUUAGACCACCGAGUUGCUCCACAGAACGCCACAGGAAGUCCUUCCUCCCUGUGGCUAUCAAACUCUUCAGCUCAUCCCUUUUCCCCACAAAGGACAAUAAUAAUUUAUCCUGCACUAUCUACACUUUAAGAUUGUAUCUGCACCUUAUCCGCCAUUAUCUAUGUCAUGUAUAUACUCUGUUAUUUUUUUAUAGUACUCAGUUAUUUUUAUAUUACUCUGUUAUUUUAUAUUUUGUGUGAUUACCUGACACUUUCGUUUGCCUCUUGGUACUGCAACCCUGGUACAACAAUUUCCUGCGGGAUCAAUAAAGUUCUUAUCUUAUCUUUAA